AUGAGCUGCCAGACAUGCGCCCUGGUUUGUCCGAGGACCCCGCCACCGCCAGCAUCACCUCCGCCGCCCAAGAAAUCCCCACCACCACCCAAGAAAUCACCCCCUCCGCCGCCCAAGAAGUCGCCUCUGCCUCCCAAGAAAUCCCCCCCACCACCCAAGAAAUCACCGCCCCCACCAAAGUCGCCCUAUUACUCCCCUCCGCCGCCACCUCCUCUGGUGCCAGCUGUGCCCCCUCCACCUUUGUCUCCUCUCCUUCCCCCUGCAUCAUCACCGCCACCGCCACCGCCUCCUUCGGGAGAAGUUUUGGGACAGAAGAGAGUGAGGUGCAAGAACAAGAAGUACCCUCUUUGCUAUGGCGUUGAGUUCACUUGCCCCGCUACUUGCCCCACCCAGUGUGAAGUGGAUUGUGUCACCUGCAGCCCUGUUUGCAGUUGCGACCAGCCAGGCGCAGUCUGUCAAGACCCGAGAUUCAUCGGCGGUGACGGCAUAACCUUCUACUUCCAUGGCAAAAAGGGCCGUGACUUUUGCCUGGUUUCCGACUCCAACAUCCACAUCAACGCUCGCUUCAUCGGAAGAAAAAACCCAGGUAUGAAGAGAGACUUCACAUGGGUCCAAUCUCUAGGAAUCCUCUUCGACGUGCACCGUCUCUUCAUCGGCGCCAAGAAGACGUUGACUUGGGACGACUCUGUGGACCGCCUAUCCAUAGCGUUUGAUGGAAAGAGCGUCUAUCUCCCCGAAGACGAGGGCGCAAAGUGGCAAUCCGAAUCAUCGCCCGACGUAUCCAUCACGAGGUUGCGCGGCACCAAUGCCGUGGAGAUCGAAGCGAAAGGGAACUUCAAGAUCAAAGCCGUUGUAGUGCCGAUUACCGAGAAAGACUCGCUGAUACAUAACUACGGCAUCACGCAAGGGAAUUGCUAUGCCCAUUUAGACCUGAGCUUCAAGUUCUAUUCGCUGAGCGCCGACGUGAGCGGCGUUUUGGGCCAGACUUACGCUAAGAACCACGUGAGCAGGGCCAAGAUGGGAGUCGCGAUGCCGGUUUUGGGCGGCCAGAGGGAAUUCGGCUCCUCAGGUCUCUUCGCGACUGACUGUGCCACUGCCCGGUUCUUGGGCAUGCCGAGCCCGAGCGACUUGACCGAGAAUCUCGAGUAUGGCGACCUCAACUGCACCGGCGGAGGAGGUGGCCGUGGGGUGGUUUGCAAGAGGUAG